AUGUCGAUGAACACAUCUGUUCGGAAGGAUGGCAAGAAAAAUCUGGCUUCCCAGUACUUGGAGGCAAUUAGCAUGCCCCACUUGUCACCCUUGAAACCAACAAACUCAUAUAGCACUAGCACUCCUAGCUCUCCAACCAAAAGAGGUAUUGCCAAUCUUAAGGAAAAUGAGAACCCGUUCAAGUCUCCCCAAAAAUCAACGUUUCUGGAGAAUGAUUCUCCUGUGAAAAGACUGAUUAAACAAAAAGAGCAAGACACCAUUGAGAACAAUGCCUCAAACUUUAUACCCAUUCCUGCUCCAUUUAAUUCUAAUAAACUUAGGUCUGAGCCACUCCACAAGCCAACUAAGAGCGAAAUCAGAACUAUGGGCCAAAUUAGUAGCGCGAUAUCAAACUCUCCGUCACUGAAGAACCUGAACAAGUUGAGAACAAUCGAGAAUAAGUUGCGCAAAACUUCGCGUGUUGAGUCGGUCUCUAAGAAAUUUCAACCAACAUCAGUUGGUGCUGACCUCCCUUCGCAAAUUGAGGAAGAACCUAUCAAAUCUGGAUCUUGGAUGGACCAUGAUAGAAAGUCACUACAGGCCUACGAGUUUUUGUGUCGCGUGGCAGAAAUCAAGAUAUGGAUUGAAGAGUGUUUGGACGUCAAGAUUGAUUUGCAAAACGACUCAAUUGCGGAGUUCCAGGAGUACCUGAGAAACGGAAUUUUGGUUGCAAAACUUGCUCAGAAGUUUGGCUACUCGAAAGUUAAGAAUAUCUACUACGGAGAAAACAAUGCCUCAGGUACAAACUACAAAAACAAAAGCGGUUUGUACUUCAAGUUUACUGAGAAUAUCGUCGUAUUCCUUGAGUUCCUUAGAAGCAUACAGCUUCCUGAGAUGUUUAUUUUUGAGACAGCGGAUUUGUUUGAGACCAAGAACAUACCUAAAGUUAUUUUCUGCCUCCACGCACUGAGCUAUAUGAUGUCAGCUACCAAGAAGGCUCCUCAAUUGAGACGUUUAGACAAAUAUGAUAUCAAGGAUUCUGACAUUAAAAAGAUCCAAAUCAAAAUCAGAGGCCUCAAACUGCCGAAUUUCAAGAACAUUGACGAUGGGGUUCGAGUGAACCUUGGUGACAGCUUGAUUACGACGAAGGAAUCCGAGGAAGAGAACAAGAUACAGCUAGAGACUAAAGUGGACACCACCUCAAUGAACGAUGCAAAAUUCAUCGACACAACCUCAGUUAUAGAGGAGACUGCGCAAGCUAGACAUUUGUUUAAAGAAAAACACACCCAAGACGAUUUCGAUGUUGACAUCGACGAGAUUCACGCCAAAUACACUUCGAUGAUUGACCAGGACAAUGGUCUAAGCUUGAAGCCUGCAGCUGAGGAGAGUUACGUUGCCCAGCUCAUCCAGUUGCAAGCUAUAGCACGCGGCACCCUCUUGCGCUAUGAAUUGUUCAUAAACAGGUUCAUGCUAAAGGUAUUCACGCCAGACAUCAUAAGAUUCCAAUCUUUUAUUAGGGGUUCGUUGGCAAGAUCCCAAAAAACAACUACUCACCUUUCACUCAUGGCAAAUUCGAGAUCUCUUUCUGUGCUCCAGGCAAUUUUGAAAAAUGCCAAACGGGAAGAUAAAUAUUCAGCAACGAGAUCCAAAUUGUUGCAAAACGAAUCUUCGAUUGUUCAGCUACAGAGUUUGAUCAGAGGUGGAUUUAUAAGAGAAAAGAAAUAUGCUGAUAGAAAAGCGCUUCUUAAACAAACAAGUGCAAUUAUCAGAUUACAAGCCUGUAUCAGGGGAAACUUGAUAAGGGAGCAUAAGAGCUACUUAGAGCAUAGACUCGCUCAUGGCACACGAAAGGCUCCAAGAAGAGGUAUCCCUAUUAGUGUUUCGUGCGAAGAACACCUUUCCAUCCAUUACCUUGAAAAGGAUUAUAGACUUACAGAGUUGCAAGCCAUUUGCAGAGGAAAAGUGGUUAGGGACGAUAUUGCGCAUAAACGUAAACAGCUUUACAAACAAGCAUCUGCUGUGAAACAACUGCAAACAAUAUUCAGAGGUGUCUUACAGAGGUUUUAUAUUGAGAUUCUUCAAGAUGACCUGCAGGAUGCUGAGGAUUCUAUUAUAGGCCUUCAGUCUGAUAUAAGAGGCUACUUACAACGAAAACGUAUUAGGGAUAGAGAGGAAUGGUUCAGAAAACCCGAAAAUCUUGAAAAGAUCAUCAAGCUCCAAAACUGGUUCCGUGCUGCUCGCACUAAACAUGAUUACAAAUCUUUGAUCUACGAGAAGAAUCCUCCUCUGAAAGCUAUAAAGAAUUUCAUCAAUCUGCUUGACGGCCCUGGAUCUGAACUCGAGGACGAGAAGAAGAUCCAGAAGUACAAGGAUGAAAUUGCGAAGGAGACAAGAAGAAUCGAGCAAUGGGAGCUGGAUCUUAGUCAGCUAGGUGCCAAGAUUCAGCUUCUGAAGAAGAACAAUGUUUCUCUGGAUGAGCUUCUCAAAUUUAAGGAUGAAAACAUGAACCUGACUGGAUACUCCAACAACCUCAAUGAGAGUCUUAGUAAGAGUUUGGGAGCAAACCCUGACCAACUUUUGAUCAAGCCUAUCCGAACUCUGACCAGGUUAUAUGAGAAAUUUUUCUAUCUCCUGCAGACGAAACCAUGUUAUUUGGGACAUCUACUGACUCUAGUCGACAAUGAGACCAUUAGUUUAGAUUUGAGCAGUGGAUCCAUUGAGGACUGGAUUUUGAAGUGUUUCAACUUCAGCAAUUUCUCAGCGCCGGCAUCAAACGCCCCUAAGCGUGAGGAGUUUCUUCUCAUGCAGUUAAUAUUGUUUGCUUCGAAUGAAUACUUCGAACAAUUGGGCUCCGUUGCACGGCUCAAAAACUAUAUGAAAUCCAGACAGACGGUAUCAAACAGAAGCGCAAAUAGUUGGGAAUCCCUACUCGUGACUUAUGUCAAUUUACCUCAGCAGAGAGCUUUAGCAAAAAGUAUAUUGGCCGAUUGUGUCUGGAAAGUGACUUCAGACGAAGAUGCAUCUUACGAACCUGAUCCUGCAGCCAUUUAUCGAGACAUUAUUGAGCGCGAUGAACUGGAGGGUCGCAUGACUUUGAAAUCAAUGGACGACUUAGACAACAUGGAUCCGAUUGACGAUGAUGACACUAGGAAACAAUUUGUUAAAAAUUUGACACAGUUGAGAGAAGCUUCUUACGAUGUGAUGAAAACAAUAGGUAACCUCGUCGAGAAAGUGCCAGUGUUUAUCAGAGUGAUCUGCCGUGGGGUCUAUUGUCAAAUGAAGAAGCUCUAUCCAGGAGAAUCAGAGAGAUUCUACCUCAGUGCUGCGGGUUCAAUAUUCAUGAAAUCAUACGUGCUUCCUAUACUAGUCACGCCGGAGAAUUAUGGAAUCAAUAUAGAGCAUAUUGUCGAUGACGAAUCUCAUGUUUCCAGAGUUAGAGACAACCUCCUGCAAGUCGCCAAAGUGUUAAACCAGCUGGUCUUGAUGAGGCCGUUCAACACUGAAAAUGUGUACUUGCAGCCAUUGAAUCCAUUCGUCGAGGAGUUCGUGGAAGGUGUUAGGAAAAUUCUCAAAGACCUCAUUGAUGUGGGCACAAUCGAAGAAGCGUACCAAAUGAAAUCAGCAUAUGAUGAUGUGGUUUCCAACCAGAAACCUAAGCUGGAACUCUUGAAAGACGACAUUUCAGAAUUGUUGCAAAUAGUUUUUGACCACCAGGAUGUCCUGGUGACGCAAAAAAACGAUUACUUGCAUUUCUUGCUGAUGGAAAUUGAGGAGUAUUCUUCUUAUCACAACAAGAUCGAAACCAGAAACAGUUUGGUUGAGAUGUAUUUGCAGCCAAUUGCCGAAAGUACCGAUCCAGAAGUUGUUGGUACUAAGGUGGCUUUGUUGGAGGUGAAGGAAUACCUGAUAUACAUUAUCAAGGUGCAAGAUGGAGCGGAUUUGCUGGACCUACUGCUGAGCGAGAUUACUCCGCUUGACGAGCUCCGAUUCAAAGAAAUAAUCAAAGAGGAAAAGGCCAAUAGUGCUCUACCUGAAUUUGGCAUGGAGAGACGAACGGUGCGCAAAAUCCACAAUUCGACGUUCCCCCAGUUGAAGAAGCGUGCCAUUGAACUUCUCCUUGAACUGGAGAAUAAUGGAUACAUCAGUCGCGAAGACGGCUACCAGGCAAUUCUUAAUGAAAUAGCGCAUGAUAUCAAGAUGAACAAGUCAAAAAAGGAGGAAAGAGAGCGCCAGCUUAAGCUUGUUAUUGACACACUGACGAAGCUAAAAAAGAAAGAGAGAACCUGCUCGAAGGUUUACUCUGACUAUAUCAAGGAAAUUGAUAGAGUGAUGAUGCGUAUGCAGCACCAGAGUGUGCACAAGAAAAAGGGUCCUUUGCUUAAAUACUUCUCGAGGCAAUAUUACCAUGAAAAAGAGCUGAAGAAGAAGAAAGGAUACGUUCCUAAAUUCGGUUCUUACAAACACUCCGCCAAGCAUCUGAUGGAUCACCACAUCCUAAUUGAGUUCUGCAAUACUACUCUCACUUCUUUUGCUUUGAGCCGGAUUCAUUUCACCAUCAGCUGUGAGCGCCAGGGAGAGUUUACGUUUGAUAUUUCCAAAAACUCGCUUGGUGUUUCUGGCCAUGAAAGGAUCACCAUGGACGAUUUUCUCAAUCUACAAUACGAACACAAGAAGACUGUCAAAUUGUUUGAUGAUAGCGUUCUCUUUGAUACAGAUAACUUGGUGGCGUUUAUUUUUAAGAAGUUUUAUGAGGUGAACGAGAGUGUAUAG